CGUUAGCUGUUUCUACGGAGUAUCAAUAUUGUGAAUCCUGUGGAGGUCUGUUGAGUAGGUUGUUUCCAAAGACUUCAACACCGGACAGUAGUUCCGUCGGACCGUCAAAAGGACGGCUGCCGAAAAACCUUUUAACAGGAUGUUACUCAAAAUACUGCUGGGCUUCCUGUGUUGCAUCAGUGCUUUGGCGACAGAAGACGACAAAGCUCAGCAGAGUCCGCCUCCUCUGCUGCUGGUGUCAUUUGACGGUUUCCGAGCUGACUAUCUAACAAGGUUUCCCAUGCCGAAUCUGAAGCGCCUGUACAGCCAAGGGGUCUUGGUGGAGCAGCUCACCAAUGUCUUCACCACCAAGACCUUUCCCAACCAUUAUAGUCUGGUAACCGGACUGUAUGCAGAGUCGCACGGUAUCCUAGCCAGCAGCAUGUAUGACCCCAUCACCCACAAACACUUCAGCCUCCAAAAUGACAGCGACCCGAUGUGGUGGAGCGAAGCGCAGCCCCUUUGGCUCACAGCGCUCGACUCAGGGUACAAAACAGCAGCCGUGAUGUGGCCUGGGUCCGACGUCACCAUUGGAAACCGCACAGCAACGCACUUCUUUUCCUAUAACGCCAAUAUCACCUUCCAACAACGACUAGGGAACAUUACAAACUGGCUCCUAGGAAACAGUGAGGAGAAAGGAGUGAUGUUUGCAGCUCUCUACUGGGAGGAGCCGGACUGAUCAGGUCAUGCGUUUGGCCCUGACAACACCACUGUGAUGGCUGAAGUGCUUAAAGAGGUCGACGACAACAUUGGUUUGCUGAUGUCGGAGCUGAACCAGACCGGCCUCUGGGGUCGCAUCAACCUCCUGGUUACCAGCGACCACGGCAUGGCCCAGUGCUCAGCCGACCGCCUCAUACGGCUGGACGACUGCCUCCACCCUGACAACUACACCUUGGUAGACCUCACACCUGUCGCUGCCCUCAUCCCAAACAAAGAUCCAGAGACCAUCUUCAGCCUGCUAAAAAAGUGUCACGCCCACAUGACUGCAUACUUAAAGAAGGACAUCCCUGAUAGGCUGCACUACCGGAACAACGAGCGCAUCCAGCCAAUCAUACUGAUCGCUGACGAGGGUUGGACAAUUGUGCGGCAAGGAAACAAGCUUCCCAGAUUGGGUGACCACGGUUACGACAACUCCCUGCCCAGCAUGCACCCCUUCCUGGCAGCGGCAGGCCCAAGCUUCCGUCACAGCUAUCGGAUGAAGAACUUACAGAGCGUAGACGUUUACCCGCUCAUGUGCCACCUGCUGUCGGUGCCAGCGCGGCCCAACAACGGCACCCUGGAUCAAGCUCGGUGUCUGCUGGCUGCUGAGACCUGCUGGAGUGUACCCCUGAUGGUCUGCCUGGUGGUGGGCGUCCUGCUUUUACUCACUACACUCAUGGUUUUAUUCAAGUUGAUGAGCUCCCGCCGCCAAGGCUCCCCACCUUUCCAGAGGCUGCAAAUCUGCCAGGACGACGACGAUGAACCGUUGGUGGGGUGAACAGGAUGGAGCCGAUAACCACUUGUGCUGCUUGUUUGUUCUCCGAUUGUGCUGCACUGUACUCCUCUUGUUUUCUCCCUGGCAUGUUUGUGCUUGUGCACACAGAUGCAGGAGAAGCCAGUAGCUCUGAAAGCCCUCAGGUUUGUUGAGGAGCUGUGUGCUGGUGUACAAACAGCUGUUAUCAUGGAAAGCCUAGGUCUCAAUAGGUCAGUGUAAUGUCUUGUGACAGAAAGGCAUUUGAGAUUAAUAUAUUUUAUCUUGGGGAACAAAAAAGUUCUUUUUUCUUCAAGCUACUGAGUUAAUGUGGUUACUUUUCUGUUGUUCUAAGGGAAUUUUGUUUACAGGGUUUGUUUUAUUUAAUAUGUUUUUGCAGUUGCAUUUUUUAGCCAACAGGGAGAGCUGGUAGCUUAUUUUAGAAUCUCACCAGGGUAUUGAGACAUCCGUUUUCUUACUAUUUGGGUUUAUUUGUUACACCGAUAGUUAGUUUUAUUUAAAUUUCUCACAUUUUUUAAAAAAAAUUCUGUUUGUACUCUUAAAACUGAGGUUUUGAAAUCUAAAUAGAUACUAAAUUACACUACUCCAGGUAAUGGAUCACUAAGGUGAAGCCAUUACUGAAGAUGAGGAGGUUUCUAUGCAAAUGGGGCAUUUCAAGCAUCGUCAGGUCUAAAUCUGUGGAUUUGUGUGUGAAUGAUUGCAAAGACAAAAGUCAGGAUGAGCAACAGCUGGUCCAAAGAAGUAAUAAUCUGAUU